CCGGGACCAUGAGGCCGGUGCAGGAUGAGUGAUACGUGUGACCCUGGGGGGCUGGUCUCUGUCUGGUGGCACCUUUGGACACAUGGAGGGGGGCUCUCCUGCUGAGUUGCGGCGGGCGCCGCGGCCUCCCAAACAGCACAGCCAGAGCAGCAGCCGAACCUCUGCCCUGUUGGAGCACCCCGAGGCCUCCCGCAGCCCCUACGCCAUCCUGGAGAGCAAGGUGAAGGCGCUGAAGGAGAAGCGGGGGAGUGGCCGGCCAGGGACCCCCACAGCCACCGCUGAGCGCCCCUCACCCAAGAAGCCCCGUCCCCGGCGGGGGAAGCUGGGAGCAGAUGUGGCAGCAGUGGAACCACGGGCUCAGCUCCGCACCUACCUGACGGACGGGCUGCUGGACGGCAGGGAGCCUGUGAAUGACAGCACCCCGGCACCCCGCACUGGCACGCCGGGGCUCUGGCGGGUGCCAGCACCUUGGGGAGAUGUGCUGGGAGGAACUAAGCUCCCCCAGGAUGAGAGCAGUGGGGCCCAGGGCUCUGCCUCUCCCCACGAGAGACAUCCCCCAGAAGAAGAGGCACGAACCCCACUGCGGGACCGAGAGGGUCCUUCUGUGUCCCCCACCGCGGCCAAGGGCUGGGAGAGGCUGUCGCUGGCCGAGCGUGUGGAGAGGAACCGGCGGCUGCUGCAGGAGGUGCUGGCCCUCGCUGCCCCUGAGGUGCCGGCGAAUGAUGAUGGGGACUGGGACUUGGGAGUCUCGCUGCAGGACAUCGAGGGCUGCAGGGCCUUUGUCCCCGGGCAGGAGCUCGAGCUGAGCCCGCGGCACGAGCAGGCCAAGCAGCUGCUGCAGCGCGCCCGCAUGAAGGCUCGGACAAACCCCCUGCGUGCCAGCCACGACAUUCUCCUCCUCUCCGCUGCCAUCCCACACCACAGGGAGCCCAGUGGGAGGCCGAGCGCUGCCCUGCGGGACGGCGGGAGCCUGAGCGACUCGUCGAGCGGGGAGUCGAGCUGCGGGCAGCCACGGCGGCCGCGGGGACCCUCCCCGUCCCGUGUGCGCUUCGAGGACGAGUCGGCCCGUGACGCCGAGGUGCGGUACCUGGAGCGGCUGCAGCUGCGGCACCGGCGGGCGCUGGGCUCGGCGCUCUCCUCAGCAGAGCCGGCUGGCAGCAGGCAGCCAGGAGGCGGGUCCAGACAGCCCAAAGGCUGGAGUGGUGACCUCGCAGCUGGGGGCAAGUGCAACACUUGCAGCUCCUUCAUCGGUGCUGCCACCAGCCACGCCACGGACAUGCCAACAGCCACUGACAAGGCCGAAAGCAGCACUGCAGCACAAGGAAGCAUCCCAGGGGAUAGCAGGGGGCCGAACACUGCCCAGCCGGAGCCCAAAACCAGGGCUCUGGGUCCCCGGGGGUCCCCAGUGUGGAUCCUCCCUUCCCGGCAGCGCAUCCACACAGAGAAGAUCAAGGAGACCUAUAUCGGGGAUGUCACUUACAUCGAUGAGGUGGACUCGGCUCUGGAGAGCACGGACACCUCUGACGGCUGCCGGACGGACAGCGAGGAGGCAGGACCCCGCAGCCCCCACCUGCGGGGGCACCAGGGACCCCAGGCUCACGGGCACAGGGCCCCCUGUGCCACCCCACAGCCGGAGGCGAGGGCUGAGAAGGGGACAUGUGCGGCCAGUGGUGGCCCCUGCGCAGGGGAUGGUUCUUCAGGUGGUGCCACAAGCCAGACAGGGGCUGUUUGCCCCCUGCUGCUAGGGAGAGCCAGCAGCCAGGAGGAUGGGGACCCCCACCGGCAUCUGGGGAGCAGCAAGCGGGCAGGAAACACCGGUCAUACCCCGCAGCAGCCCAGCGAGCCCCUGGACCCCUCGUCGCACCCAGGGGCCGGCACCCCUGUGCCAGGCACGCACGUCCCCGCUCCCCCUCACACGAAAAAGGCCUGGUCCCAGGUGCCUUGCAGGAAAGCCCUCUUCUCCGGUGGCCUCCGCCGAGCGUUGAGCCAAGGAGCCCGGGGCCCAGAGCCUGAUGCUGGGAGCACUGCGCCCUCCCAGCCUGGGAACAUGGUGGGGCCAGGGGAGCGUCGGGGUCCCUGCAGCCCCAGGUGGCUCCCGGGGAACCCCCUCCGUGCCUUGUCCACCAACAACUGCAACAACACCCAUGGGCAGGACCCCCUGGGGACAAGCAGAGGGGCACCGUCACAUCCAACUGCCAGCCCCAUCACCCCUGUGCCCCAGGAGGCUUCGCAUUCCCUUGGGGAAGCAGUCGGGAAGCUUGCAGUGCAGCAACAAUGCCCAGGCAGGAGUGCAGCACACGGGUACAGGAUGGAUGACGGUCAUCCCUCUCCAUCCAGGGAGCCGGGGCAGCCAGUGAGCCGCAAGGGCAGCAGCGCUUCUGCGUUGGGGCUGAAGAAGCUCCUGUGCAGCCUGAGCCAGAGCACGAAGCAGCGCCUGGGCCGCUUCCGCUGCUACAGCAUGGAGCAGCUCCCAGCCCCUGGCGGCACCUCCCUGGAUGGGUCCAGCAUGAAGAAGUCGCCCUCCCUGCAGUCCCUGCAGCUGGUGUCACCCUUCCAUCAGCCCCAAAAAGCUGCCUCUGUCCAGAGCCUGCACCAGCUCCUGGGCAAGGCACCCCGCGCCAGCGCCUACCUCCUGCCCCAGACCACGGCUGACAGGAAGGGAGGUUCGGGGCCACGGCGCUCACUGAGUGUGGAGGACAUUGGGGCGCCCAGCCGGCUGCAUGCGGUGGGGCGUGUGGUGGAGGUCUUCCCUGAUGGUACCAGCCAGCUGGAGCUGCAGCGACCCCCCCAUGGCGCCUUCGGGUUCUAUGUCACCUCUGGGCAUGGCCGGCCUGACAAAGGUGUCUAUGUGCAGGAGAUGGUGGAUGCUGGCACAGCCAAGCUGUACGCGGGGCUCCUGGGUGUGGGGGACGAGAUCCUGCAGGUCAAUGGGGCGGCCGUUUCGGGGCUGGGGCUGGCCCGCAUCCGUGAGCUGCUCCUCCAGGCGGACACUCUGUCGCUCCGUGUGCUCAGGCACCGCCCGGCACCACGGUAGCCCCAGCACAGCUCCUGGGAAGCCCGGUGGGAUGAGGAUGAUGUCCCACUGAUGUCCUGAGAUGCUGCAGGCUGGCACAGUGUGGACCAAGCUGCCCUGCAGCACCAGGACCUGCCCUACUCCGGUGCAACGCUUGGCUCCCCACUGUGGUGGAUGCCUCCUCCCCGGGAGACAAAGUGGGACCAAGGACCUCCCAGACAGUGUCCAGCAUCUCGAGGAGCUGCCCCAAGAGUGGGGACAGAACACCCCAGCCCCACCACCAAGCCGGGUAGGUCUGUCCUGCUGGGCAUCGGGGUGGCCAGAAUGGGAAUGCCCCAUCUCUGUGACCCCAGAAGAUGCAGGGCUCCCUGCCAGUGCUGGAAACCUGUGCCCAUGGGCUUGGUGGGUUUCUUUUAAAUUAUUUCACACUGCUAAAAAAAAUAAAAUAUGUACAUAUAUGUACCAAUGAAA